CGGGAAAUUUUAACAACUGAUCAGGGCAUAUUUCUCGAACAUACCUGACAUGUUCCUGUUUCUUGCUAUAUUAUUGAGGCAAUAGAAAAGACUGCCCCUGCUGUAAGAUGGAUGUUCUAUUCCUUGUUGGGCUUGCUACUGGUGUUACAUUGGUUACAGUGAUUGCAUCUUGCAUGGGCUGUCGCCGCAAACUGUCCGAGGAUGAACUCCAACAGAAAUACUUUGAGAAGUUCCGUAAGAAGCACCUGGCACGCGGUGACCUUGCCCUGUCAGCCCGGGUUGACUACAUACGUAACAUGGCACAGUCGGAGGUACAAACAGAGCAGCAAAACAACAGUAAUUGUGUAACAACAGAAGAAACAAACCAUACUUAUGAAACAGUGGUCUCUCCUAAACCAGACGCCCCUGCUCUACAUGCUCAGGAGCCAUCCUGUGGCAGUGAACACAGUUUCUUCGAUGACUCCUUCCAGACUGUUAUAGAGGCCUCAAGUGGUAGCCUUUCGGGAGGUCAGGCCGAUUCCAACUUCCUGUCGGUGCCACGGGUGUCAUACUUGAGUCUCCACAACUUGUCCCAGUCUUCCAGCUCCAAUCAGCAGUCACAGUCAUCCGAGAGCCUGGAAACACAGCUCACCAAAAAUGGUGCUGUUAAUGAAGCUUUUUCAAGAAGUGCAGAAUCAUUCGAGUCUUCAAAUGGCUCCCACUCAGAAGAAUCUCUGAGCAAGUCAUACGUCAUUCCGAAAUGUGGACCACAAAUCAAGGUUGUCAAGCCUAGUGUUCGUAGACCACCAUUGUUUGAAACACCACGACAUAAAUUGGUCAAACAGUACUUAGAAAAUGACAUAGGAAGAAAGGGAUCAUUCAGAAGACAUUCUGACAUUGGAGUAGGAAGAACUGAGGAUUUCGACUCAGAAAAGGACCUUUUUGAUAGAUCACUUGCCUCACCAGGAAGUUUCUGGGAUGUUUCAGAUGACAUUGAAAGGAAAACAAAGAACAAAUUGGAAGUAGAAGGCCAUACCCAAUACAACAACAGGCGCCACUCAUAUGAUAGCAUGUCCUUGUAUGAAAAGCUAAUGCAAUCGAAAAUUGAAAAGAAUCUGUACAAGUCUUUGAACAAGAAAACCCUGUUAUUGCCUCCAAGAGUUGCAGCAUGUUCUCCACUUGCUUCAAGGUGUAGAGCAACCGACCCUUCCAUAUUUUAUACUCCAACUUCAUGCAGAGAUAGAGAGCUACCACCAAUAACUUCCAAAGCAAGAUACUCUGAACACACUUAUGACAGCAUCAACAUUGAUUUGGUUGGCAACAAUAUGAGGGCAGACGAAUUAGAGAGUGAGGAUUAUGUCAUGGAUAUGGAAGAUAGUAGUUCAUCAUCAGAACAGCCGGAAACUAGCAGAGAAGAAUUAAUGAGAUCACCAUUUAGAAGAGGAAGUCGGACCAACUCCAAUGAGAGUAUGACAGAGCACCAUACAUAUGAAAGUAUCAAGUCACGUCCAAGGUCACAGAGUUUUGAUGAUGCUGUAGAUAAUAAUGUUUGUGACAACUCUGUGGUAAUCAUUGGCAGGAGGGUUUCAAAUCCAUUUGACCAAAGAGCUUUUUCAAAACGUAUGAUGAAUAAGAAAAAGCAAAAUGUGCUAAGGGAAAACAAACUUCUGGAUGUUCAAGUGGAGAGAAGGAAUGUUAAGGAAUUGGAAGACAGAUACAGCCCAUUUCCCAGUGCUAAAAAACUUGCUUUUAAAUCUGCUUUUAACAAAGUUGCUUCACCAAGAUUUGCAAUGGUACCAACUGUUGCUGGAAAUCUUGAAAAGGAGUUCAGUGCCAUGGAUGAAUUCCAUAUUGACAAUCUUAACAUUAGAACUCCUGAGAUUAAAGUUGAAAAUGUUGCUCAGAGCUAUAACAACACAGCUUACCUAUCCCCCUUUGUCAUGAAGAAUUCAGUUUUAAAUGACAAGUGUUCUGACCAAGGCUUGGUUACACCUCAAAUAGCUUAUGAAACGAUAAGAGCUUGCCAGAACUAUAAGAAAUACAAUCAGGUGAACAUGGACACGCAGAAUGUUGAAAAGGUAUCGUACAAAAAGAGAUUGCCGUCUUUACCCGACUGUAUAGAGGACGAUCUGAUCAAACAUUGUAAUGUGAACAUGUACGCCAUGUCCACACCUUGUGAAGUCCAAGCUCAUAAUUACCAAUGUUUCUGAACAUUAUUAUAAAACGUUCCUAAGUUUGGUUUGCUUGCUAAAAUGUGCAAUAUAAUAUUUGGUGAAAUGCAUGACAGAUAAUCUGUUAAGUGAACUCUUUUUUUA